AUGAGAUUCUCGACUGCGGGUUUUGCACUAUGUGCCAUUCAGGCCGUUGCCAGCUUCGCCAUUGAGCCAAGACAGGCUUUGACCUGUACGCCUGGAAACAAAGUUGCUACCUACGACGACCUGACUCCCCUUCCCAUUGAUGAUGGCAAUACAGGCUUGACCUCGGCCUCGCUCAACCCCUACAAGGACCUCAAUUAUACCAGAUUCAGUGUCAUUACCAAGACGGACACCGAUAAUGCCCUUUUUUACACCCUGUCAAAAAUCACAGCUGGAACGCUGGGUGCUCUGCAGACUGCUCUCAACAAUAUCCUGGGCUCGACAGGCCUCCCCCUCCAGCUUCCGCCGCUUCUCGAGGCUCCACGUAUUGUAGGCUCAACGGCCCGGACACAAUACCGACUCCAGAGCUUCCAGUUCGGCUGCUCGCUCCGUGCGGGAGGCGCUGCCACCGUGAUUCCCAUCCCCUGCACCGUGACGGUCCGGCCAGUCGAGCCAGCGCGCCUCCUAGCAGGCCAGAGCUACAACUGCACCUACAACGAGGGGCCCGCGAGCCGCCUGGAGAACGGCGGUGCCGGUCCCCCCUUGGCCACCUGUACGCCGCCCACGGGCUCGUUGCUGGCCGGUCAGGGCUUCACGUUCCAGACCACGCCCAAGCUGCUUGACACGUCGACCCUGGGCCCCUUGCAGACCAUUGUCGAUACCGCCCUCGAGCUGCUAGUUGUCAGUGUGUUUGACAACUUCACCUACCGCGAGUACUGCAUUUAA